AUGGCCCUCCCGAAGCGCAUUAUCAAAGAAACCGAGCGCUUGGUGGCCGACCCCGCGCCAGGAAUCACUGCUGUCCCACACGAUGACAACCUGCGGUACUUUGACGUGACGAUCCAAGGUCCCGAUGGUAGCCCGUUCCAACAGGGCAUAUUCAAACUCGAACUAUUCCUCCCAGAGGAGUACCCGAUGGCACCACCAAAAGUGCGCUUUCUGACGAAGAUAUAUCAUCCCAACAUUGAUAAACUGGGCCGAAUUUGUCUGGACAUUCUGAAAGACAAAUGGUCUCCGGCACUGCAAAUCCGCACCGUCCUUUUAUCAGUUCAAGCGCUCCUGAGUGCGCCGAACCCGGACGACCCGCUCGCAACAGACGUGGCGAAACACUACAAGGAGAAUGAGAAGGAUGCUCAACGAGUGUCGCGCGAAUGGACACAGCUCUAUGCUUCCGAGUAG